UUGCGGACGGUAACGCCGUCCCACAGCAAGCGCCGCGUACGACUGCACGAGCGCCGCGACGAUCAGAAGCGCCGCGGUCGGACGAGCUGACAGGAGAUGUCAAGAAUCGGCGAACCUAACCAGCACCGUCAUCAUCGUCGGCAGAUUGUGAAGAGGAAGGAAAAGUUCACGUUUAUUGGGCAGGAAUUUGGAGAAUUUUCUGCAAUUUCUUUAUUAAACUAAGUUAGCUAUUUUUUAUUUUUCCGCAUUUAUUGCCUCAAUUUGUAGUAAGUAACACCAUAAAGAAUGAUAUUUCCUAAACUUAAUAGCCGAACACUUACAGCUUAAAUCUACUCUGAACGCUCAGAAGAAGUAGGAAUGGUUAGCACAAACCGUAAUUUGAAGGUUAAUUAAGCGUGAGUAGGAAUUUGCGCAAGAUAUAUGUACCAAACUCAUUUUUUGUACGAUUUGCAGUAAACCAUCCUGCACUGUGAGUUCAAAACUCGAUUGUUGGUUAUAGUUAGGAGUUCGGACCAAAUUUGUAAGUUCGCAUACUUGAAAGCUCUACUUCUCCUACUAAUAAAAAUGAUUAGCUUUUAGCGCAUUCUCAUCCAACCCCCGGAUUUGUCGCUCAAAAGACCCGAAUUACUCCCACGCCAACAAAAUCUAAAAGAAAUUUGCCGAUAUGGCCCAUGUAACGACCGCAGAGUGGGGAUUUCAAAAGCGGUUCAAUCUGGAAUCCACGAGCAAGAUUCGAAAGUUAUCGCCAUUUAUGGAUGACGCCGGCGUGGUGCGCAUGGAGAGCAGAAUUGUUGCGGCCGAUUUCGUGCCGUUCGACACUCGGUACCCCAUCAUCAUGCCAAAGGACCACACUGCGACGAAGUUGCUGGUCGACUCGUACCACCGGAAGUAUCUGCACGGAAACUGCGAAACGGUGGUAAACGAGCUGAGACAACGAUUUCACGUGCCGAAUUUGCGGACGGCUGCCCGCAAAGCGAAGAACGACUGCCUGCUGUGCCAGUUGAAAGCGAAGGUUCCGGUCGUCCCGCGAAUGGCUCCACUUCCUGCUGCCAGGCUGAAGGCGUUCGAGCGCCCUUUUUCGUACGUGGGAGUCGAUUACUUCGGACCUGUGGCGGUGCGGGUGAACCGCACCACCGCUAAGAGAUGGGUGGCGCUGUUCACAUGUCUGACAACGCGCGCCGUGCACUUGGAGGUCGUCCACUCGCUUUCCGCCGAGUCGUGCAAGAUGUCGUUUCGACGGUUGAUCGCCAGAAGAGGCGCACCUGUGGAGAUCUACAGCGAUCGUGGCACAAACUUCGUCGGAUCCAGCAACGAGUUGCAGAAGGAGAUGAAAGUCAUCGAGGAGAAGCUCGCCGAAACCUUCACCAACGCGACCACGAAGUGGGUUUUCAACCCGCCGGCCUCCCCUCACAUGGGAGGUGCGUGGGAGAGACUCGUGCGUUCUGUGAAAACGGCGCUGGUAGCAAUGAACACGACGAGGCUGCCCAACGAAGAAACGCUGGCAACGCUGGUGGCCGAAGCUGAGAGCAUCGUGAAUUCGCGGCCGCUGACGUGGAUCCCGUUGGAAGCUGAACAUCAGGAAGCGCUAACACCAAACCAUUUCCUGCUACUGAGCACGAGCGGUGUGGUGCAGACGCAGAAAACGUUGGCCGACUCCAAGGACGCUUGCCGUAAUCAAUGGAACCUGAUGCGGGUGAUGAUCGACCAGUUUUGGCGCAGAUGGGUUCGGGAGUACCUGCCGGACCUGACGCGGCGAACCAAAUGGCACGAGGAAGUGGUUCCAAUCCGAGCUGGUGAUUUAGUGAUUAUCGUGGAAGACACCGUGCGGAAUGGUUGGAUACGGGGACGUGUGGCGGAAGUGGUCGUGGGCCGCGACGGUCGAGUUCGUCAGGCUGUAGUACAGACUUCAACGGGACUGCUGCGACGGCCGAUCGCUAAGCUGGCGAGAUUAGAUGUGGAGAAGUGUGAGGCAGAUCCGGUGAUCCCGGAAGUACCACUCAAUGGUGUUGCCCUCGAGCUUGAUUUUGACGUCCGCUGCCGGGAUGAGUUUGUGCGAUCCAGAGUGCGGGAACAGGAUGGUCUGCGUUUUGGCCGCGUUGAUGCGAAUUUUCCACUCGGCGAAGUACGCCGCCAGCGCAUCGAGACCGCGCUGGAGUUUCGCAGUGAGCGCCCUGAUCACUCUACCUUUGUAGACGAUCGCGGUGUCGUCGGCGAACAGGAACAGCUCGCCGCCGUCAGGUAA